GCAACACCCCGAGUCCCUCAUUUUUACCACGCUAAACCGGUGCUAUCUUCACAAUUGACCUCUCUCCUCUCCUUUGUGAAUCUCCUGUCUUAUCUACCGAUUUCACCAUGACGCGCGCUGUCCAGACCCUCUCCGUUCUUCUCCUUGUCUCCUCACUCUACCUUUCCCUUUUCCUUGGACUUGUUCCCCUGAAUGAGACUGUCCAGACUGAAGUCAUUCCAGUUCUCCCAUUCUACGCGCUUAUUGUCUUCGCUUGCUACCUUCUCGCCCGCCUGGGUGUGGCGAUCUUCACCUUCAACGAUGUCCCCGAGGCACACGCUGAGCUACAAAAGGAGAUCGAGCUUGCCAAGGUGGAGUUGCGCCAGGGCAAGGUUGAGGUCGAUUAAAUGAGAGAUCGAUAUGCGCAUAAAUUAUGCU